UUAGGAAGCGCCAUUUCAAUCUAUGCAUUUUAUCUCUUUCAAGGGGAUUGUUAGUGCUUUUUCUGUUGUGAACCUGUCGAGAGUAACACCACUAAGGAACAUGGCAACAAAAGUUGGUGUGGUUCAAAUGCUAUCAACGGCGGAUAAAAAACGUAACUUUGAGCAGGCGGUUAAGUACAUUGUCGAGGCCAAAUCAUCGGAAGCCAAGAUCGUUUUUCUCCCUGAAUGUUUCGAUUUUGUCGGUCGAUCACGUCAAGAGGUUAUGGAUCUUUCAGAAAUGCUAGAUGGACCUUUGAUCACUGAAUAUCGUGCCUUAGCUGCCCGGGAAAGCCUUUGGAUUAGUCUUGGUGGUGCACAUAUUAAGACUUCGCAGGACGAUGAUCGUUUGUACAAUUCUCAUAUAGUCAUUGAUUCAAGUGGUCAAAUAGCAGGCGUUUAUCAUAAAGUCCAUUUAUUCGAUGCUAAUUUAAGUACACAGGAAACUACAUCCGAGUCAGCAUCUAGACAAUCAUCAUUCUUUGAAUCGAAAGUGAUACGCGCUGGUCCAGAGGCUCCCAUUACAAUCCAAAACAGUCCUGUUGGGAAUUUAGGACUAGCUAUCUGUUAUGAUAUGCGAUUUCCUGAAUUGGCAUCUCAUCUUCGAUAUGCUAAAAAUGCUCAUGUUCUAACUUAUCCAUCUGCUUAUGCUACACGUACAGGAGAAGCCGGUCAUUGGCAUACAUUGAUUCGAGCUAGAGCUAUUGAAAAUCAAUGUUAUGUAGUUGCUGCAGCUCAGGAAGGUGAACAUAACGAAAAACGAUCUUCAUAUGGUCAUAGUUUAGUUGUAGAUCCUUGGGGUCAAAUUAUCGCUGAACAAUUGAAUCCUGGUCCUGGUUUAUUAAUCUGUGAAAUUGGUCCAUUUACCAUGGCUGAUGCAACAACAUCUAUCAUUCCUAAAAUUUAUCAUGUAAGGCAAUCAAUGCCAGUGGAAUAUCAUAGACGAUUAGAUUUAUUUCCAAUGUCUGACAGUGGUCAUCCUCGUCCUAUACAGUCGGCAGAUUUCAACUUUGGUCCUCAUCUAAUCAAAUCGGAUUGUGUAUUUUAUCAAUCUAAGUUAAGUUUUGCAUUUGUAAAUAUUAGUCCAUUGGUACCAGGACAUAUACUUGUUUGUCCAAUUGCUUGCGUGGAAAGAUUUUGUCAUUUGAAUGGAGCACAAGUUGCUGAUCUUUAUAUAACUGUAAGACAGAUUGCUGAACGACUACCUGAGUGUUUUCCAUCUUCAAGUCUAACAAUAUCGAUACAAGAUGGCAAAGAUGCUGGUCAAAGUGUGCCACAUGUCCAUGUUCAUGUAUUACCGAGAAAACCAAAUGAUUUCCCAGAAAAUGAUGAUAUUUAUAAAGCAUUACAAAAUCAUGAUAAAGUGAAACAUCGCAUCUAUCGAUCACAUGAUGUGAUGAGUCAAGAAGCAAAACAACUUCGACAAUUAUAUUGCUUAUUGGAUGGCGGGAAUAAGCAAUUCGACGCCACUUUUAGUCACACCGUACUUUUGAAAUCCGACUUACGUUUGGAAUACCACUCCGCACUACAGUUGCUGAUCGAUAACUUACCGGCUACAGCGAACCGAGCAUCCUUCUGUGUUGUAAUCAUGGAGCCUUUAUUUUCCUGCACAAAAUGCCUGCACAAUUUUCCUCAGUCUGAAAUGUCUAGGUCUGGACAAACAUGCAAAGGGUGUAGUCCUCACCACUCUACAUUUAAACAAUGUGAAUAUUGCAAAUCUGACUUCAAAUACCAUUAUCCUGGUGGUAUUUGCCCUCAUUGUCAAUCUAUGAAAAACAAAUAUGGUGAACCCCAAUCUUGUUCCAUAUGCAAAUUAAGAACCGCUUUUGGCAGCGCUUUGGUUUGCCAGAGGUGCUUACAUUACAGAAACAGAUUUGGUGAACCACGACAGUGUAAUUCUUGUGGAAAUAUAUGUGCCUUUCUAAAAGAUGAGGCUAGUCGAGAAAAAGUUGAUGGACAAAUUCUUUGUUGGGUGUGUACAUACAAUUUUAAAUUAGCACGAUCUAAAGAACGCUCCAGUCAUGGACUCAACAAACGCCGACAUGAUAGUAAUCCUAUUUCAACUGAAAAUCGUUCCAAACCAAGUCAUGACUCUCUUAAAAAAACCUGUACCGGUGAGUAUGGAGCAAGGAAAAUUGACACUCAGGCAUUAACUACUCAAGCACUAAGUUUAGAUUCAGUGUAUAAUGAACAUUUAUUAACUAUUAGUCAAUUACAAGAUGAAAUCAAAUCAUUGAAACGUCAGCUAACACUGAAAGAUGCAGAUCUUUUAACUAAAGAUCGUACCAUUGCAGAAUUACGCUCGGAUAUGAUUGAUAUUAAAAAUAUGAAUGAAGAUCGUAUUCAAAAAAUUAAAUCUGCUGCUCAACUUGAACAAGAUCGAUUAUUGGCUACAAUACGUCAAUUACAAAAAGAGAAAGCAAUGAUUAGUCAAGAUAUGAAACGUCGUCGAAGUAAUAACAAUCUCACGAAACUUGCCAAUCGACAUUCUUUAUCUUCAACAACUCUAUUCAGUCCAGAUUCACCGCUUAGUGUAAGUGGUACAAAACGACCAGUAGUGAAUAAGACUUCAACAACACGUGAAAGUCAAGUUAAUGAACGUGCAGGUGAAGAAACAUUGUCCAACACAAAUUCUACAUCAAAUUCAACAAAUCGUUCAGUAAAAAAACAACUUACUCCUAACAGCAGUGUACAAAAUUCCGAUGACGAUUCUAAUUUAACACCACAACGUACAGUAACCGCUAGUGUGAUGAAGCAGAGCAACAACAGUAACACCAACACAAGUUCACCAGAUAUUACUCCAAGUAUAUCAUCUGGACCACUGACAGACAAUGAUGAUGCGGAGGAGGAGGAGGAGGAGGAUGACGGAGAACAAACUCGUUCUCAACCAUACCACUAUAAUCCACAAGAAUUUGCUGGUAAAGAUCCACUUGGAUUAGAUACACCAUCAGAAUCGGAAAAUGAAACACCGGACUGAGGACUGGUUUUUUCAUGAAACUAACUAUCCCAUGCUCUGACCCCCCCCCCGCGCUCCCACUUACCUACAUAAAAAGGAAAUAAAUAUAUAUACAAGUACUCACUUUUUCUAUGUUUGUUUGUUCGUUUGUAAUCAUUGCAUUUUAAUAAAUGGUGUUCAGACUUUCAAGUUCACAAUAGUGGUAGUAGUAGUAGGCUCCUGCCUGUUGUUUUGUGUCACACCCCGAUUGUCCAUUGUCCAUUCAUUGACUUGUUCCAAUCAUUCAUUCAUAUAUGCAGCUUUUCGUUUUUUACUUAGUGUAUGUAUAAUAUUUCUUAUGUUCAUUCAAAAGGCGGCUAGAUCCCUAACUGUAUCUUGAACAUUGAGUAUUCUGUGUACACUUGUACAUUAUUUUUUGUUAAAUAUAUAUACAUAUUUAUUAUAAUAAUUAUUAUGUAACUUUUAUAUUUCAUAAACGAUUCAGAAAAAAAAACUAUUUCAUUAUAUAUUUUCUA